CCCUCCAUUCCUACCCCCUCCCUUCCCCUUUUCUCCACACGCUCCCCAACCCCUCCCUCCUUCACCCCUCAGCCCUCACCGCACCCUCUCCCUCUCCCUCUCCCCCUCCCCCUGCGCUCGGCCUGUUGCCGGAAGCAGGCGCAGUGAGUCAGAGAGAGGAAGCGCCGAGCCCGGGCCGCCCCUCACAGGAUGCUCGGAGCUCGGACCGUCCCUGCCCAGAGACUGAGCCGCCGGCAUGGGAGAGGAGGGGGGCAGUCCGGGCCAGGCUGGCUGGGUCCGCAAGCAGUGCAGCCGCGGGCUUCUCGGGGGUGGCUGGAAGGAGCGCUACAUCCGACUAGACAGAGGCCGCCUCCUCAUCUACGAGCAGCAGGGUGAUGCCCAAUGUGAGGAGACAGUCGACCUUGGGAAGUACCAGUGCUGUCAGGAGCUGCGAGGGUUAAUAAAGAAGAGAAAACAGUUUAGACUGACUCUUGUCCGUUGCUCUGGAACUAAGGUGCCCGAACCAAAGUUUCAAGUUCCAAAUGCUGAAGAGAAGGAUUUGUGGCUCACUGCCUUAAAUGAUGCAAUCAAAGAAGCCAACAAUGAACAGUUUAAUCAGGUUACAGUGGAUGAAAAAAGUUCUCUGGAUCACUUGACACGUAACAGAGCAAAAAUAAAUCACACCCGAAGACCACCAACUAGACAUCAUCGGAGAGAAGUUGCCACUGCUGUGUCUGACGGAAUGCAGAGAUUGGAACUUGGUGCUCAGAAUCUUACCACACAUGACACAACAAGUGAAGAGCAAUCAAAGGCAAAAGUUAGUGACCAGACCAACAAGAAUAGGCCUAUCCUCAUGCCUAAGAUCAAACCUGGUAACGUAAAGGUUAAUGAUGGGUCAGAGCUGAUGGUCAGCCAAAGCGAGGAGCCGGCGGCCAAGGAGGGGCAGGAGCCGGCGGCCAAGGAGGGGGAGGAGCCGGCGGCCAAGGAGGGGGAGGAGCCGGCGGCCAAGGAGGGGGAGGAGCCGGCUUGCAAGAAUGAGGAGCAAGCAGCCAAGGAGGGCAAAGAAAAUGCCCUAUCACACACCGUAGAAACUGUUUCUCAUAGCCUAGAAGAUGAACCUGAUCUCCAAGCAGAUGUAUCCAAGGAUGGCGAAGUGAAGAAGCUGUCUUCUAAAACAAACAAUAUUAGUUCACUUAGUAAAGCAAAUCUAUCCAGAGUUAAAUGUUCUUCCUUGGGAGAUAUCUUAGCAGAAUCCAAGCCAAAAGGAAUGAGGAAGGAAGUUAAGCCAUAUUAUGCUGGCUUAAAGAAAGAGAAUGUGGAAGCAAUGAAAGGUGAAAUAGCACUGGAGCUAAAAGUAACCGAGGAACUUCUCCAACAAGUGUCUAAGGUCUGCAGUCCAGGUGAUGACACAGGAGGUGAGCACCAUCCUCAGAACGAUAUCACACAAGACAGCCAGUCAACCAAGAGUGCUGCACAGUUAUUAAACGAAGCCAUAGCCAAGUGGUCAGAGGCUGACAAAGUCUUGCAGGAACUUAAAGAUUUAAAGGAAUUGUGCAAGAAGUCUGAGGGGCUCACCUUGGAGGAGAAAGAAAGACGUAAAAACCUGUUGACUAUCCAUAGAAGAAGUGUGCCGUAGAUUGACUGUAAUGUACGAGAACGUCAGCACAAACUUGGUGGGACAAGAUGUAAUACACCAAUCUUGAACCAGGUUUCUUGCAUUGUGUUAAAUUUAUUUGUAGAAAUUGGGUAGGAAGUGGGAGACUUGGACAGAUGACUGAGAGUCAUAGAUUUUUUUGUAAAAGAAUCGUUUGUAUGGUAUUGAGCUGAGAUUCUGUGAUCGUGCACUGAUGAUCCCAAUAUGGUUAUACUAAUCACCAGCUUGACUGCUAUGGAGAUUCAAACAUUUUGCACAUGGCUCAGUUUUUGCCUUUUAGCUAAUGAAGAGCUUCCUCAGAUUUUUCUGCUCUUAUCUUGUUGUUUCAACUCUCUGGCUUUCCUGCUGCGUCGCUCCUCUACGAUUUAGAGCAAAUGCAGGGGACGUAGAAUUCCUACUGCAUGCAGCAUGUCCUUUCUUAAAUUGUCCAAUGGUAUGAUGAAGGUUGUUGCAAUAGAUUUCUUUCUGACAGUGUUGUUGUCAGUGUGAUGGGAAGGAUGUUGUUUGUGAGUUUUGCUUGUGGCUACGAUGUCCACUUCUGACCAGGGUUAGAAGGUUCAAGGUUCUGUAAUCAUUGAAAUAUGAAUGUAUGGUUGCUGAUUUGUAUCCUCCAGUCAGUAUUUGAGUUACCGCAAGUAUUACUGUAUUUAGAUUAACUGCAUUGUUCAAACAAUAUUUGUAUUUCUGUGAACUUCAAUUAUUUUUACUGCCAGUAUUAAUAUUUAUGCAAAAAAAACCAAGAUGACUGUCUUAGUAUAUACCCAGUGAAAUGUUUUUAUAUUAUCCUACCAAUUAACACUGGCUUAUUGCUUUAUUUAUACUUUAACCAUGUUUAUAUUUUUCUGUAAUAAGGAAGUCAUGCCAUGAAAUAAUGUGGAAACACUUCAAAAUAAAAUGGCAUU